UGGCCGCGGCAGUCCCUGCCGCUGCCGCAGGUGCCGCCGGGCGGCCUCCGCCUGGGACAGAAGAUUGAACAUGACAGCUGAGAAUAUUCCUGAGGAAGAACUGUCCUGUGACAUGGAGCUGGAAGGAUUUACACGAGACGGUCCUCAUUUCUCCAUUCUAGGUAACAGUUGGGACUGUGAGAACCAGGAGGGACAUUUGAGGCCAUCAGCCUUAACUCGGGAGGAACCAGGAGCUCAGGAAGCAACUCGUGAAUAUCCCAGAUGUGGGGAGCAUCUGAGCCUGAGCCCAGACCUUCCACGACGUCAGAGAGUUUCCACAAGAAACGGUUUCCGUGUACGUGGCUCGGGUGUUAAGAGCCUGGGCCGUGACCCAGCUUUGCACAGUUGUCAGAAAAGUUAUGGAGCUAAGAGAACGGACGACAGUGACACCGGUGGGAAAGCCUUCAGCCACCCCAUGGAAGUUGUUCAGGUUGGAAGGACUCAAGCCAGAGAGAAGCCCUGUAAAUACCCUGAACGCGUUAAGUCGGUCAACCGUUUUGCCCCUCUUGGUGAACAAACAAUAAUGGAAAGAGGGAAGAGACUGUACGGAGGUAAGGACUGUGGGGACCUCUUUACCCUGAGUUCAUCCCUUAACGAAAACAGGAGGAACAGCCCUGGAGAAAAACGGUACACAUGUACUGAAUGUGGCAAGUGCUUCAAACGGAGCUCUUCUCUGGUUUUGCAUCACCGAACGCACACGGGAGAGAAACCUUAUACCUGUAAUGAGUGUGGAAAAUCCUUCUCCAAGAACUAUAACCUAAUUGUGCAUCAAAGAAUCCACACAGGAGAGAAGCCCUAUAAAUGCAGUAAAUGCGGGAAGGCCUUCAGUGAUGGGUCAGCUCUAACACAACACCAGAGAAUUCACACGGGGGAGAAACCUUACGAAUGCCUAGAAUGUGGGAAAACCUUCAACCGAAAUUCGUCCCUCAUUCUGCACCAGAGAACUCAUACAGGGGAAAAACCAUAUAGAUGUAAUGAGUGUGGAAAACCUUUCACCGACAUCUCCCACCUCACUGUGCAUCUCAGGAUCCACACUGGGGAGAAGCCUUAUGAAUGUAGCAAAUGCGGAAAGGCCUUCCGAGAUGGCUCAUACCUCACCCAGCACGAGAGGACUCACACUGGAGAGAAGCCCUUUGAAUGUGUGGAAUGUGGGAAAUCCUUCAACCGUAACUCUCACCUCAUUGUGCACCAGAAAAUCCAUUCUGGGGAGAAACCCUAUGAGUGCAAAGAAUGUGGGAAAACGUUCAUUGAGAGUGCUUACCUCAUCAGGCACCAGAGGAUUCAUACUGGUGAGAAGCCCUAUGGCUGUGAUCAGUGUCAGAAACUUUUCAGGAACAUUGCCGGCCUCAUACGUCACCAGAGGACUCAUACUGGUGAGAAGCCCUAUGAGUGUAAUCAGUGUGGUAAAGCUUUCAGGGACAGCUCCUGUCUGACCAAACACCAGAGAAUUCACACUAAGGAGACCCCGUACCAGUGUCCAGAUUGUGGAAAGUCCUUCAAGCAGAACUCUCACCUGGCAGUACAUCAGAGGCUCCACAGCAGGGAGGGUCCCAGUCAUUGUCCUCAGUGUGGGAAAACAUUCAGAAGGAGCUCUUCCCUCAUCCGACACCAAAGAUCACACCCUGGAGAGCAACCCGUGGAUAUUUAAUGAACGUGGGCCACACUCAUCUUCCGACUGGCUCUCAAAAACCUAUG